UUUUUGCUGCAUUUUCAGUGUAAACGUACUACUCACACUACAAAAUGGCUUAGAAUAGUGCAGAAGUGUGCGGUUUUCGACACUAUAUCUAUAAUAUCUACGCGUGACACUCUCUCCUAUGAUAGAGUCGCGGAGGUUGUUAUUCAGAUAAAUAAAAGAAUCUCUGGAGGCGGUUCCAUCUAUUAGUGGUAAACUCACGAGGAGACUAGAGGCCGUUUUUUUCAAUGGAUGAGAUGCAUCAAUGUGUUGAAUAAACUGUUUUUGUGAGGAAACAGCUCAUCGCUUAAUUAACUGACCGCGCCUGUCCGCUAAUCUUCAACAUGUUUUACUCUAAACAAUCCUUUUGGAAUUGACUAUGUGUGGUGUUUAUUGCGAUAAAAUUACCGUUUUAUACAAGAAGCACGGACGAUUUAGCGACAGGUAGAUAUCAGUUUACGGUUUUCCCCAUUUAUUUGUAUGGCAUCCGCAAACGGUGACUUACUGUCGUAACACGCUAGUUGACCGUUACGCUCUUUCCUACAGUAAAAACGCGAAUAUUAUUAUUGCUUUAGUUGCAUAUUUUAUCAUCUGUUUACAUACUGUACUUUGUUAUGAUGCGUACAUUGCAAAGCUAUUAAAAAUCAUUAUUGGCAUACAUUUUUGAGUCAUACACUUGUAUAUUACAUUUUUAACUUUAUUUAAAUACAUUUUAAUGUUAAAUACAGGUAAAAUCCAUAUGUUACAAUUUCUAAAUCCAUAGUUAAUAUCUACCAUAUCCCGCUAUCAUGCAACUCCAAGCCCGAGACAAUAUAGUAUCGCGAGAGUUCAACAGCUGUGUGUGGAGUUCUCGCGGGAUUUGAUCAGCUGAUGCGUCUCUGUUUUUAGAGUGUGCGUUAGGUCGGUCAACACGUGGGGUAGAGAGAGAAGAGACACACACUGAGAGGGGGGGACACGUUGGGAGUGUGCUAGGCCCUGAAUACGUAUCAUUGAUAUAAUACGAGGCAGUUCACGGUGGCGGUGCGAAGGACGCAUAAACACAGUGUAGCUGCUAGGGUCCAGAGGAGAUGCCACUGAGGUUCCGGUCCUUUGUUCCGUAUACACUUUCUGGAGUGCUGGCGCUCAUAGGCUGGUGGUGGUACGUCUCCCGCAAGAAAGAGCAAAUCACCAGCCACGACAGUGAGGGCUCAGCUAUGGGCUUGCGGACCUCCUCUGGGGAGGGUAGCAAUGGGAUGGUCGAUAAGGGCUGUCCCACAGAAAGCACCACACAUCAAAGAACCAGUCGAGACCAAGUCAAAGCCAAAGAGCAACAACCUGUUGAGCAGGAAGUUGUAGCAGAGAUUCACACACCACUGCUAAAAGGGACAUCGGGAGAGGCUCUUGGUGCUCCUCCAGUUGUCUUUGCAAGUGGACAGCUAAGCGCUCCUCAGAGCAAUACAAAAUCAGUCCCCCAACAAAGCAACCCAGAGACGACCAGGCCGACAGCUCCUGUCUCAUCUUCAACCCCAACAAAAACAGUUGAGGAGAGCCCUCAUCACAAGGGACCAGAGACAGCCACUGAAAGCAUACCCUCAAGCCAGUUACCCAAAGCAAUAGAUCCAGGGAAUAUUGCCACAAUUAAGAAGCAGGGAGAAAAGCAACCACUAAACGGGCAGCGGUCUGCAGAAUUGUCCAAAGUGGAGCGACCCGAGCCCGAGGGAGAGGUGGCUGCUGUAACCACUGCACCAACUUGUGCCGACUUGACAAAUGCUGAGCUAGCCUCCACUACAUCCUCAACUGAGGACGAGGCUGGGAAGCUGGAGACCAUCAGUCAAAAAACACCCUUGGCCCUGUCCUCCUUCCCCAACACCACAAGCACACCCUUUUCAGAAAGCUCCACAGAGGCUCGGCACCAUGAAAACGGAGACCUGGGCUUGUCGUCCGAGACCAGUCCAGACAUGCAGGAGCUCCAGCGUCUCGCGGCAGGGCUGAUCACUGAGGUCAUCUCAGCAGCCACCCAGGAGGUCAUGGUCGGCAAUAACUGUGAGUCCCGGCACAGCAAGGGCCCGGAAGCAGUUGACAGCAGCACACCAGCUGUAGAUGGAAAAGAAGACACCAGAGAAAAGGAGCUAUGUGUAUCACUGGAAAGCACUUCAAAAAGUCACACAGAGUCACAGGCGGCGAAGAUAGCGAAAGAGAUAGUCAACGGUUGUCUGGCGCCUUCUCUCUGGAAGAUACCAGAGAGUGACAAGAGGAGAGCUGAGAGUGAGGAAAGAGGCUUGUUGACAAUGUCGUCUGGGGAACCGUUGGAGUCGACACCGGUUCUGGCUAAGCUCCAGGCAGAGGAAUCUCUGGUUGAAGACUCAGGAUGUAGUACAUGCCAGUCCGAGGAUGGAAUUAGCGGUGAGGACCUCCAUAGAACAGGGUUAUCCUCAGUUGUGUCUGAGAGCAAAGGGCACCUCAUUCAAAUUUCAGGGACAUGUAGGGCAUCAGAGGGUAAUGGAGAUGGGCUACUGGAGAGUUCUGCUCUAUCUGCCCCUCAGGAGUCUGCACUAACCACAGAAAAUGUGGCUACGAUUUGUGAGACAGUGCAGUUGAAUGGCAUGGGGCUUAGGAACAACGCUGCUAACGAGGUAGAAGCGGACCAAUCUGGAGGUUCGGAUGUGAAUAGCAUGGAUUCAGUGGACAGCUGUUCCACUUUGGGGAUUGGGGACAGCCAGCCGAGUGGCAGCCAGGCCUGUCAAUCACAGAGUUCAGAGCUUGUUGUGUGGGAGAUUGAGGUGCCAAAGCAUCUAGUUGGAAGGUUAAUCGGCAAACAAGGGAGAUACGUGAGCUUUCUGAAGCAAAGCUCCGGUGCUAAGAUCUACAUUUCAACCCUGCCUUACACUCAAGAGUUCCAGAUCUGCCAUAUAGAGGGGACCCAGCAGCAGGUCGAUAAGGCGCUGGCCCUAAUCGGGAAGAAGUUCAAAGAUCUGGACCUGACCAACUUGUAUGCUCUACCUCCCCCACCGCUUACACUGCCCUCCCUUCCCAUGACUUCCUGGCUUCUGCUGCCCAACGGGGUGACUGUGGAGGUGAUUGUGGUGAAUAUUGUCUCGGCUGGUCAUGUGUUUGUCCAGCAGCACACUCACCCAACAUACCACGCCCUGCGCAGCCUGGACCAGCAGAUGUUCCUGUGCUACUCACAGCCCGGCACGCCCGCCCUGCCGUCACCUGUUGAAGUUGGUGUGAUUUGUGCGGCCCCAGCUGUCGAGGGAGCCUGGUGGCGAGCACAGGUUAUCUCAUUCUACAAAGAUUCAAAUGAAGUAGAGAUCCGAUAUGUAGAUUACGGAGGCUAUGACAGAGUCAAGAUUGACGCUCUUCGUCAGAUCAGGUCAGACUUUGUGACAUUGCCGUUUCAAGGUACAGAAGUGCUAUUGGACAACAUCGCCCCUCUUCCAGGAGAGGACAGGUUCACCACUGAGGCCAAUUCAGCUCUCGAAGAACUGACCAGAGGGGUUCCUUUGCUGGCACAGGUCACCAACUAUGACAACAAUACAGGACUUCCUUUAGUACACAUGUGGAACAUGGUGGGAGAGGAGCUGGUCCUGCUGAACCGCACUUUGGCAGAGCGAGGUCUUGGCACCUGGGUGGACAGUUUCUGAUCCUCCAGUCAGUACUCCCUCGUUCCUCCUCUCCUCACUCACCUCUUGGCCCACCUGCCCCCUAAUUAACAUCAUCACACAUCAUAAAGAUCUGCAGGUUCUGUCCUCCUCACCCCACCAUGAAGUGCACAUCACUGGCCAUGAGAAUUUCUUGUUUUUUGGUUUGCUGUCCAUGCCUUUUCUGUUUUCUUUUUUACCCCCUUUCAUAAGAAAUCUAUUUACUGUAUAAAAUAAUAAAUAAGAGAACCAAGUGUCAAUGACCACCCAAUAAUGAUUGAAGAAGUUUCUUGACUCUGCUCUUGUAAAUGUAAAAAUUGUUACUAAAAGUUUAAUUAUUCUCCGUCCAACCAGACUCCGUCCAGCACAAACCCGGAUUAUGAUGGCCGUGGAUGAAAAAUCUGUUAAAAAAAACAUAAACGAUGAAUUGAGAUAACUGGUGCCGUUAAAGCUUGGUCUGUUGUAAUGUUGGGACUACUUGACAUCAUGUUCCUCUGGUUUCGUGGCUUUGUCCCAUUGUCUCACUUUCCAACUAGGUUGUGGGAAGCAAUUAAUUAUUUUAAGGAAUGGUUCUGCAGAGCCAAAGCAAAAUAAUUGGUUCUGACUCUUGAAAACUCAAAGGAAGAACAACCACAACUGCAAGUCCUCCAUUAUAAUGUCUGUUUGUAUAACAGUGUGGCCUUGGAGGGGGAGACGAAACCCAUCCCAUCACCCCCUUUACCACACUCUGGCUCUCUAGUACUCAUCCUGCAAUCUGCCUUUGACGGGAAUAGGCCCAAGCGUCACUUUGAGGUCACGUGAUCUUUGAUUUACUUGUACUACACCAAGUCUGUUAAUCCAAGAGACAUCUAGGCCAUCGUGACCUCUGAGCCUUUUUGGGUAAGACUUCACUGGAGUCCUCCAGCCCUAGAGUAACACUAGAGAUUGAAUUGGUAUUGCAAUGGAAAGCAAAAGGGCAUCCUACACCCAUCCUGAACUUUGGACACAAAAACUUCUGGCCCGAAGGAACUAUUACAAAAACUAGAACACUACUGUGUGACCGGGACAGCGGGGCUUCCCUACUGGGUAGAUGAACUGCAUAUAACGAAUGGAUCUGUAUGUGUUUUUGUAAGCAUGUAAUUCUGCUCCAGAGCACAUCUUUGGCAUUGUACACCGGGUCGAUUCACACAUUGCAUUUCACUGUGCAUCAUUGUAAGUGUUAUGGGUCGCCAGGUUUCGUCUCACUCAGAUCUCAGUCGUGCAAUAAAUUCACGUCUAGUUUCUGACCCACAACCAUGUUCCAUAAAUACUAAUUGCCAUUACUGACAUCUGCUACUUAUUGCAUUCUGUAAAUAUCAUGAUAAACUCUCCAAUCACAGGAAUCGACCUUCAUGGCGUUCAUGCACCAAUUGGCUACUAGCAGAAGUUCCCAAUACACCUGUCUUUAAAAAGAUAAAUGCUUUAAGCCUUACGCAUUGUUUUUUUAUAAUGUUUGUUUUACAUAGUAUCUGAUUUAAGUCUGCAUUAUGACUGUAUCUGUAAUUUAAAUAAUAAUGGCACAGAGGUUAAUCAUUUUCCUUUUUUUUUUUUUGUUUUUCAAUGAUUAUGAUUUUCUGUUGGUUUAAUUACUUUUUGGCCAGAACUUGCCCAUUUUUCUGCUGCUUAAACAUUUCUAGUCUAAUGUUUGUUGGACUCCAGAAUGUCUAUUGUUGUCGCUUUAUGGCUUUUAGCUUGGUCAUGGGUUGUCUAAUUGGUUUUGAUUGUUAGCACUACAGUUUUAGACUCUUUUUGGUUCUAAAGUCCUACAUUGUGUCAGUUAGCAUUUAUCAGUGUCACCUCGAAGCUUUUUUAUUAUAGCUGGGUGCAUUUGGAUCUUUGUUUAGCAAACAUUUGUAAAUUAAAACCCCACGCGGUGUAUAUUUGGCCUCAGACUGGAAAUUUUCUUGACAAAGGUAGUUCGGGGUGGUUCACCCAAAAAUAAAAUGUAUAUACUUUCCUGUUGUUUCAAACUCAAUUGAAGGAAAUUUUAGGGACAAUGACUGCCUUAGUCACCAUUCACUUCCGUUGUAUGUGGAAAAAGAUGCAAUGAAAGCGAAUAGUCACUGAGGCUAACAUUUUACCUAACACAACCUUUUGUUUUCCAGAGGAAAAAAGCAAAUCAUUCAGAUUUGGAACAACAUUAUGAGUAAAUGAUGACAGUUUUGAUUUUUGAGCGAACUUUACAUUUAAUCAGAAUGUUCCUUUUAUUUUGAAAUGGUAAAACACCACUCUAGCAGUAGAAUGGAGCUUAAUAUACGAAAACUGACAGCAUUUGAAAGUAAAAUCGAUUAAAAGAAGGGUUUGACUUCUGUGAGUGGCACUGCACGAGCAAACACUAUUUUCUGCUAUGCUACAUGAUUUUUCUGCAAUAUUUCCCUCAAAUGUUUGAGGUUCUUGAGUGUCUUGCAACCAUCUCAGGUAUGAGCUCUUCAUUUGAUACCAUAUUCUGUGUUACAGGACCGUUAUUAAUAUUCUUUUAGGAAUGUAUGUGCUUGACCUGUGUCAGUGUGUACAGCCUAUUGUAUGAUCUCCCUGUAUGUCUGCCUGCAGUAAAGUAGGCAAAUGAAUAAGGAACCA